AUGACAGUUUUAUGUGUUUUUAUAUGUUAAUAAAGUACAACCGAUACAAAAUUUGCUUGACUUUACCUCAUGUUAACAGUUGGUUUAAUUCACCUUGAAAGUAUUUCACACUUGAUGCAACCAGUAUAAAUGGUGUUUAAAUAAAAACAAAGUCGCUGAAUCACGGAGACAUGUUAAAGGAAGUGGUUGUAGUUUUAAGCGGAAUGCUUCUCGGUUAUUGGCUGAUAGAAGAUUUUAAUCCAGCCGAACUAAAGGGAAAGCGAGUCUUUAUCACAGGGGCAUCCACUGGAAUUGGCGAACAGUUAGCAUACCAGUUUUCCAAGAUUGGCGCAAGUGUUGUCAUAACUGCAAGACGGGAAAACAAAUUAAAAGAGGUUACAGAACAAUGCCGUAAAACUGGAUCAAGAGAACAGGUUUACGACUACGUUGUCGCCGAUAUGACAGAACUGGAUUCUAUAGAAACUGUCGUCGAGGCUGCUGUCCAAAUGCUUGGUGACCUUGACAUCAUAGUGUUGAACCAUGUCUUUUAUUUGCCUCUUACUUUUUGGACUGGUUCGAAACAAAAUCUAUCAUCAAUUAAACAAGUUAUGACUGUGAACUUCGAAUCGUACAUUCAUCUUGCGUCCUACGCACUUCCUCACUUGGACAAAAGUAACGGAAGAAUUACAAUCGUCAACUCCAUAUGCGGCAAGUUUGCUGCAUCCCUCACUGCAUCUUAUAGUGAAGCAAAAUUUGCACUGGAUGGAUUUUUCAGCGCACUACGUCAGGAAUUAAUGACACAUAAUAGUGGAAUUUCUAUAACACAGUGUGUUUUAGGGUAUAUUAGUAAGUAG